AUGGUCUACGGUCCGAGACAGCCUCGUAGCGGCGCUUAUGCGAUAGUCACUGGUGUGUUUGCUGGCCAGAAAGAAAGAGGAGAGGAGCUGACCAUCGAGGGUGACGGCCUCCAAUUUCGCGACUUUGUGCAUGUGAAAGACAUUGGCCGGGGGAUCAUAUUGGCGUAUCAAAACGAUCAAGUCAGAAGUGGACAGCCGAUCAACCUUGGCAGUGGGGAGGCCCAUACGGUUCAGGAGUUGGCAGAUUUGAUAUCGUCCAACCAAAGGCAUGUACCGGCACGAAAGAACGACUUGAGAGGAACUCUGGCUGAUACAUGCAAAGCUAAGGAGCUGUUGGGUUGGUCGACGAGGAAAAACUUCCGCGACGAGAUGAGGCGAAUCAUUGAGGAUACCCUUGCUGGUCGCGGCCUUUACCUUUCACAUUGGUUCCAGCAGGCUGAGACACUCGAAUGGCUCGAGGAUAGGAUACCAGGAUUCGCUCGAGCCGGUCACGAUGAACGGAAUUCAAUGGUUGCAACUGAGCUGAGGGUUCACGGAGAUAAGUGGUUCGAGAAAGCUCCUGGUUUGCAUGCUCAUAAAGAGUGA